AUGGACCUUUCCUCGGUGCAGGAGCAGAUUCAGGAGCAGGCCAAGUCGCAUUUAAGUGAGUUCGGCGCGGGUAUGAACGUACCUGCUGAGCGUCAGCAUCUCAUUUUUGGCCGUCCUGAAAGCGAAAUUCAGCGCGUUGCAGAUGACCUCGGAGCGGAUGUGAUUGUGAUUGGUAGCCAUGGACGACAUGGUCUGGCUUUGUUACUCGGCUCAACCGCAAAUGGUGUUUUACACGGCGCGAUGUGUGAUGUGCUGGCAGUGCGUGUAGCCGCACAGGUUCGCUCUGAUUUUGCGCUGCGUGCGGACUAUUUAAAGGCCCGGGAAUACCUGCGCAAAGAUGCUGACGCCGAUUAUCGUCGCAUUGCUGAGAGCCUGCAGGCGUAUCCACUUUAUCCCUAUCUCAAAUAUUACGAUCUGCGACGUCGACUGAAUCGAGCAUCGAGGGCUGAGGUCAUCUCAUUCCUGGAAACCUAUCCCGAUCUUGCGGUGACCUCGCUGACACGCAAGCGCUGGUUAAGGGAGUUGGGGAAGCAGGCCCGCUGGCAGACUUUUCUGAACCACUAUGAAGCAACCAGUGAUGCCGAACUGAUCUGUUUUCAACUGCAGGCGCGUGCUGCAGCCGGCGAGACCAGCGCCGUAUUGGAUCAAGUGACCAGUAUCUGGGUGCAACCGCGUUCCCAACCUGCAGCUUGUGAUCCACUGUUUGCGGACUGGCGAAAAACUUCACGGUUUACCCAGGAUGUUGUCUGGCAGCGAUUUACUGCAGCCAUCGAAGGCAACGCCCGUAGCCUUGCGCGUUAUCUGAUCAGAUACUUUAACGACGCCAACAAGUCACUGGCUGAGCGUUACUACAACGUCCAUGUGAAUCCGUCACAGAUUUCUCGCAGUGGUGACUUUGCAGACAAUUCACUGCGGGUGCAGAACAUCAUCGCACACGGAUUAUCCCGCCUCGCCUCCCGGGACGCUGCUGAAGCGGCAAAACUCUGGCGGCGCUAUCAACGUAGUCACACAUUUGACCCUAAUGUCCGACAGCGUAUCGAUGGCGUCGUUGCGGUAGCUUCCGCACGGGAAAAUCAGGUUUUUCCUACCGAAUCGAUGCGCAGCAGAAUAACGUUGAGCAAUGUCAUAGAAGAUUUAGCUGACGCUGCCGUAAGAGCACAGAAUUGGGCUGAAGUGAUUUUCUGGACAGGCCAACUGCCCGCGGACAUCAAACAGAAAUCCCAGUGGGUCUAUUGGGCAGCACAGGCACAUAAACGUUCUUCAAGUGGUGCGAAUUUUGACAACAGCGCCCUGGUUGCCCUCGCCGGCCAACGACACUACUACGGCUUCCUGGCCGCGCAGGAGCUUGGGCUGCCUGGCCAGAUGAAUGCACAGAGUGCCAAUGUAACCAACGUCGACCUGGCCCAAAUACGACGCCAUCCGAGCAUUACACGCAGCAUCGAGUUGUUCGCCGUGGGGGACAAUCUCAACGCCCGUCGAGAAUGGUACAAGGCGCUGAAUGCUCUGAGUUUUGAUGAGCAGGUGAUUGCCGCCGAGUUGGCUGCAAGCCUGGGCCUGAUACACCUUGCCAUCAGCACUGCAAAUAUUGCAGAAGCGACCAACCAUCUACACUUAAGGUUUCCGUUGGCUUAUGAGGCGCAGUUCAGGCAGGCUGGCUUACGUACAGGCUUACCUGUGCCGCUGCUGAUUUCUAUAGCAAGACAAGAAUCUGCCAUGCAGGCUGAUGUGCGUUCUUCUGCUGAUGCGCGCGGGCUCAUGCAGCUGUUGCCCAGCACCGCUCGUAUCGUCGCGCGCCGAGCCGGACUGGCGCAGCCAUCAGCCGCUGAUCUUGCUGAUCCAAAUAUCAACAUCCGUCUGGGCAGUUAUCAUCUGGCCUGGUUGAUUGAGCGAUACCAGGGGCAGACCCCGUUAGCCAUCGCUGCUUACAACGCAGGCGAACACCGCGUAGAUCGCUGGAUCAAAGAUGCAAACGAUAUGCCUAUGGAUGUCUGGAUUGAACGCAUACCCUUCAGAGAAACCCGCAACUAUGUGAAAAACGUGCUCGCCUUCCGUCAUGUCUAUGGCAGCAAGUUGAAUACACCCACCCCUACCCUCGGGGUCAGCGAGCAGCGUCUAGCGAUUCGCUAG